UGAAAGUCUAUACUUCGCCGUCAAACAAUAGGCUGCUGCGCAAGUGUCCAUGCAUCCACAACCGCCGUUUUCAUAUAUAAAGGCAAGGCAGAUGGCCCUGAAUCCCCAUCUUGCACGCACUAGUCGUAACUGUAGCCUCUUCUUUCGUCUUUUUAACGACUUUCUACAUCCGAGCCAGGAGCUCGUCUUACGUUCAUUCUAACGCUAGUUGCAUCCCACAGUCGCUUGCACUCACUCAAAAAUAUCAUCUUCUACAGUUAUGGGUCUCUCUCAGAAUCUCUUUGUAGUCGCCAUACUAGCUUCCCUGACCAGCGCAGCACCUCUUGCAUCUUACUACGUGCUCGUAUCCAAUUCUUCAGGUUUCUCCCAACAACAAAACGGUCUCGAUGCGCAAAAACUGAAUGCCCAGUUUGCCACAAUGACCGCCAAUGAUUCCUGCACAAGUGGUGCUCAGGCAUGCAUUGGCAGUGCCUUCGCACAGUGCAUUGGAACCUCCUGGGAUCUUACGCCUUGCUCGUCCGGUCUAUCUUGCUUUGCACUUCCUCUCGUCACCAAAGCUGGCACCAGUCUCGCUUGUGACACACAAAGUGAUGCCGAAGCGCGUUUUGUCGCUGCUGGCGUCCAGGGAGGGGUAACUGGAAAUAGUACCACGAGUAACACAACCACUGACAGUGGCGACUGUUUUGAGACCACGACAAGUGCUUCACCAUCUCCCACAAACGCUCCUACCUCGAGCACUGAUGAUCCAUGUGAUUACCCAACUCCUGUAACUUCGUCUACCCUCGCCAGCCCCUCGAUGAAAAAGCGUCAGUUUGGCUCUUCAUACGCACCCACCUUUGGCUUUGGCAGUCCGACCACUACUGUCUCUACUUCAUCUACUCAAGCCGGCACUGCUUUACACACCAGUGUAACAAGUUCUUCUGCCAGUAGUCCCGCAUCAAUUGUUUCUACGAGUGCUUUGACGAGUUCCUCUGUCGCUUCCUCUCCUACGACCGCUUUUGGUUUUGGCACUUCUACGAGUGCUUUUGCAAGCUCCUCUGUCGUUUCUACUGGUGUCGGUAGCGUUGCUUCAAGUCCCUCAACCUCUCCCAUCGUAUCCACUGGGACUGGAACUGCACUUCUCACUUCCUCAAUCCCUCUUGUGACGCCUGUGCCAGCUGCCACCACCGGCACGAACAAUGUUUCCACUGUGGUCGUUGUGACCACCGUGGUCGUCACCGUGACAGCUAAUGGUACAGCUGCACCCAGCAUGACGACAACGAAUGUGGGAUUGAACGGAACUGCAUCGUCUACUGUCCCUACUGUAAUACAAACUCCACUUGCUACAUCCACUGCUUCCCCGUCUCCCAGUUACGCUUCGGCUACUACCGUCAACUUGAACAGUCCUUCAGCCACUCCAAUUCCAAGCGCCACAUCUACUGCAGUGCCAUUUCACCUUGUUUCUGCAUCACCGAACAUCUCGUUUGGUGCUCGAUCUUCGUCCGUGGUAGCUUCUUCGACUGCUUCAUCUCCGUUUAGCUUCGUCUCGGCUUCGCCGACAAUGGCUUAUUGAAGAAGUGGAUUGCAUUAAUGAUAGAUUAUGCUAGCUGUCGGAGGAGUGGAUUAUAUUCGAUGAUUAUAUUCGAUUAUGGGACCCUCGAGCAUAUACCCACACGCUGUAUCAAUUAGCUAUUGUAAUUAACCUAGUGAUAAGUAGCUUAUAAUUCAAGAUGCAGGACGUCUUAUUGUUGUUUUCCUUGUC